AUGUACCCCUCCCCGGAGUCCGAAACUCGACCCUGGGAGCAACGAGCCGUGGUCCCUUUGGAGGAGAUGGGAGCAGGCGUUCGAAAGUACGAGGUCUGGUGCCGGCACACCCAGCCCCCCAGCGCAUGGCAAUCGUGGGGCAUCCCCAUCCUCAUCGCCCUCUUCGCCCUCCUCCUCGUGCUGCUCGUGCUGCUCGCGGCUUGUCUGCAGCGGGCCAAGUUCCUGCAGACCCAGCAGCAGGUGGCGGAAGCUGAUAGGCUGAGACGAGAGGCGGAUGAAGCAGAGGCAUCGAAGAGCAUGUUUGUAGCGUGCAUGUCUCAUGAGCUGCGGGCACCCAUGGUUGGAAUCAUCGGCAUGCUCGAUGCGCUAGCAGACAUGGGCCUGGACUCCUCCCAGCUAGAAGACCUGCUAUUGGCCACAGCAUCAGCGAAACGAACACUGCAUCUGGUGAACCGCGUGUUGGACCUGGCGAAAUUGGAGGCAGGCAAGGCCGUGGUGGAUGAGACGGUGAUUGACAUGAGGGAGUGGCUGCGUGCUGCUCUUGACUGCCAUGCAGAAGUGGCGCACUCGAAAGGCAUUCAAUUGAGCGGCAGUGUCAGCACGGAUUGCCCCACACAUGUCAUUGUGGAUCCCUUGCAUCUCAGCAAUGCACUCAAGGAGAUCACAGGUGGGCCGUCACACGUGGGCUGCCACAGGUGGGCUGUCACACGUGGGCUGCCACAGAGUGUGGGUGAUGGUGAGUGCCUCACGCCUGUCAUUGUGGAUCCCUUUCACCUCAGCAAUGCGGUCAAGGAGAUCACAGGUGAUCUCAAUGUUGCAAGUGGGGAAUCGCGGGAGCAAAGGGAAGCGAGGAGUGGGUCAGGGGCAGCACUCGGGCUUGUGUUGGUGCAGCAAACGGUGACUCUAUUGAAGGGAGAGCUCGCCUUGGACUCAGAGCCUGGGUGUGGUAGCACAGUUGCUUUCUCUGUGCCUGUAGCCUUGCCAUCGUUACAAGAACACUGUGAAAAGGAACUGCAGUCAAACAUUCAGGAACUAGACCACCAGGAGGAGAAGCAGGAGCAGAAUCAACAGCAGCAAGGGGAGACUGCACGGCAUGAUGAGAGGCGAAAGAGCAGGUACGAGCAAUCCAUCUCACUGUGCGCACCCGCAACCACCACCUGUGCUGCCGGCACCGCCAUUUGUGCUGAUGCUCGUUCUGGUGCAGACACACAUACUGGUGCAGGUGCUUAUCCUGCUGCUGGUGCUGGUGCUGGUGCUGGUACUGGUGCUGGUUUUGCUUCUGGCACAGGCAUAUGUGCAGUUGCAGGUACCUGUGCCUGUGCUGGUGCUGGUGCUGCUGGUAGUGCGGCAGACUCGGCAGUGAUGCGGGCGUGGGUGGGGGGGCUGUGUGCAGGCACAGGUGCAGUUGCAGGUGCUGCUGCUGCCGCUGGUGCAGCGGAUGAGGCGGUGACGCGGGCGUGGGUGGGCGGGCUGCGAGUGCUAGUGGUGGACGACACGCCCGUCAACCUCCUCGUGGCCCGCCGCUCCCUCGCCCGCUGGGGGGCCAUUGUCACCACUGCCUCCUCCGGGCAACAAGCAAUGGACUUGAUUGCUGCUGGGGUGGAGGAGUGCUCCCUCGCCCGCUGGGGGGCCCGAAACACCACCACCUCCGGUGGGGAGCAAGCACUUGAGUUGGUCGCUGCUGGGGUGGAGGAGGGCGGGCGGGGAGAGGAACAAGGGAGAGGGGUGGAGGUGGGGAGAGGGCAGCAGGAGGCGAGAGGGAAGGAAGCAGGUGCAAUGGUUUUGGAAGCGGUGCCAGAAGCAAGAGGGACAGUUGGUGAAGUAGUGACAGCAGGAGCGGGGGGGGCUGAGGUGCUAGUUGAACAUACAGACAAGGGGGUAGCGGCUGGGAUGGCUGGAAGCAGGGCGUAUGGGAUGGCAGAUAGUAAAAAUGGGGCAAUGGGAGUGAGAGCAGGAGCCGGCAGGGCUGAGUCCAAGUUCGCUUCUUUUCUUUCCCACAGGUUCGCAGCAACAGAGGCAAUCCGAGCUCUCGAGAGGAAGCUUGUGUUGGAGAGAGCAACAGAGGCCCAACUGAUGACGGAUGUGGGAACAGCCGCAGCAGCAGCAGCAGCAGCAGCAGCAGCAACUGGGAAAAAAGAAGGGCUUACAGGCCAGCAGGGGAGGGAGCAGCUCAGAGCAUCUAGUUCGCCCUCCGCGCCCUCCGUCACGCCUAGCGCCCUCCGCGCUCUCCGCGCUCCUAGCGCCCUCUCGCGCCUUAGCGCGGCCCUCAGCCCGCCCCACGUCGCGCCCCUUAGUAACCCCCCCUCCGUGCCCUCCCCUUCCCCUCCCCGUCGCGUUACCUCCCGUCCCCCUGCCCGUCGCGUCGCCUCCCUUCCCCCUGCCCGUCGCGUCAACCGUCGCCCAGGCCCGCGCGUAGCCCGUCGCCCAGGCCCGCGCCUAGCCCGUCGCCCAGGCCCGCGCGUAGCCCGUCGCCCAGGCCCGCGCGUAGCCCGUCGCCCAGGCCCGCGCGUAGCCCGUCGCCCAGGCCCGCGCCUAGCCCGUCGCCCAGGCCCGCGCGUAGCCCGUCGCCCAGGCCCGCGCCUAGCCCGUACGCCCUGGCCCCCGCCCAUCCCCACCGUCAAAACCGCCCACCCGCCCUUUCCCACCGUCCAAACCGCCCUCCCGCCCAUUCCUACCGUCGAAACCGCCCUCCCCGCCCAUUCCCACCGUCAAAACCGCCCUCCCGCCCAUUCCCACCGUCAAAACCGCCCUCCCCUCCCCUCUCUCACUGUUCAUCACCUUAGCCCCACCGCUGCCUUGUGCGCGAGGCCCUCCCCAAAUCUGAUGACACUGGACUAUCCCUCAGCGGCUGGCAGCCGCUCUCCCUCGCCGGUCACCUAG